GUCCUUCCCUAGCUUAGCCCUUCCGCGCCUCCUCGUUAUAUCGGGGCAUCGCUGAAAACGGAGACAAUGGCGGCGGCGGCGGCUGCAGCGGCCACCACCGCCACCCCCACCACCAGCAGUAGCGGCAGCAGCAGCACCAGCAAGAGCACCAGCAGCGGCGGCGGAGGCGCUCCCGCCGACGCCAGCCCCCGGGGCAGCGGCAGGAGCGCGGGGCAGCAGCAGCAGCAGCAGAGGCAGCCCCCGCAGCAGCAGCAGCAGCCCGAACCCCCCAGGAAGCAGCGCAUGGACCCGCGGCGCCGGCAGGCUGCCCUCUCCUUCCUCACCAACAUCUCUUUGGACGGGCGGCCCCUGCUGCAGAGCGAGGACUGGGGCAGCGGCGAGGAGAGCGGGGCGGCCAAGUCCGGGACAGGCGGCGCCGCGGGCGGCGGCGGAGUCCGGGCUCGGCUCAGCCUGCUCUCGGCCGCCGACAAGGGCAGCUUCUACCCGGCGGCGGCGGCGGCAGCUGGAGGGACUGGCUGCGCGCUGCAGCAGCAGCAGCAGCUGGGCUGCUAUCCCACUGCAGCAGCGCCCCACUGCGGGGGUGCCCGGGGGCUCACGAGCCCCCUGGGUGCAGACCGGGCAUCGGGGGAACAGUCCCAGGCUAGCCGGCAGCCACCUCCCCCUCCGCUCCAGCAGCCUCAGCUGCAGCAGCAGCGUGACGGGCCGGGGGAGGGAGGGGAGGAGGAGUUGGAGGAAGACGAUGCCUUUGCCCCGGUGCAGGUGCCGGCGGCCACUUUCUUGGGCUCCGGGACACCCGGGGGUGGGAGCGGCAGCCGGAGCCGCCUCAACUCCUUCACUCAGGGAAUCCUGCCCAUCUCCUUCUCCAGACAGACCUCGCAGAACUAUUGCUGUCUUGAGCAGUCGGGGCAGGUGGGCGCCUUCGAGCCCCUGCAGAGGUCCCGACGUCGUCUGAUCUCCCAGAGAUCUUCCUUGGAGACCUUGGAGGAUAUCGAAGAGAAUGCCCCAUUACGGAGAUGUCGGACCCUGUCAGGUUCACCCAGACCAAAGAACUUUAAGAAGGUUCAUUUUAUCAAGAACAUGAGGCAGCAUGAUACCAGGAACGGCAGAAUAGUCCUUAUCAGCGGCAGGAGGUCCUUCUGUAGCAUCUUUUCCGUGCUUCCUUAUCGGGACUGCGCCCAGGCUGGGGAUAUGAAAUUGGACGGAGGACGACAGUCUGCCGGAGCUGUGAGCCUGAAAGAGAUCAUUGGCCUGGAAGGUGUAGAGCUGGGAGCAGACGGCAAGACUGUUUCUUACACCCAGUUUCUGUUACCCACCAAUGCCUUUGGAGCUCGGAGAAACACCAUAGAUUCCACUUCUUCCUUCUCCUCCCAGUUUCGCAACGCCAGCCACCGUAGCCUUUCCAUAGGAAGGGCAAGCAGCAGUACCCAAGGGAGCAUCGACACAGGUAGUGACCUGGGAGAUUUCAUUGAUUAUGACCCAAAUCUUCUGGACGAUCCCCAGUGGCCUUGUGGCAAGCACAAGCGAGUUUUAAUUUUUCCUUCAUACAUGACCACAGUCAUUGACUAUGUAAAGCCUUCAGAUCUUAAGAAAGACAUGAAUGAGACCUUCAAGGAAAAGUUUCCUCAUAUCAAAUUAACUCUCAGCAAAAUACGAAGUCUAAAGCGAGAGAUGAGGAAACUUGCACUGGAGGAGUGCGGCUUUGAGGAGCCCACGGUGGCCAUGGCCUUUGUCUACUUUGAGAAGCUGGCCCUCAAGGGGAAACUCAACAAGCAGAACCGGAAACUUUGUGCCGGGGCCUGUGUGCUGCUAGCUGCCAAAAUUGGAAGUGACCUCAAAAAACACGAAGUCAAGCACUUAAUUGAUAAACUGGAAGAGAAGUUCCGGCUGAACCGACGAGAGCUGAUUGCCUUUGAAUUCCCAGUCUUAGUGGCCUUGGAAUUUGCUCUCCAUCUGCCUGAGCAUGAAGUCAUGCCCCACUACAGACGACUGAUCCAAAAUUCCUAGCACAGGCCACCCUCCUGGGGCAGGGGAAAGACCGCUUCUUUUGAGGUCUGCGGACAGGAGUUACGACUGGAAAUGCAAAAGACAGAACCCAAAAUAUACCAAAUUCUUUUUCAUUCAACAUCGUUUUCUUCUUUAGUGGAAGCUGUACUAGAGACAUUUCAGGGACUCUUCAGUCUCGUUCAGCCUAGAUGAACUCAUGGUAGCUCUUGACUACCCAGAGCAAAGGAAGGAGGAGGAACACAUCAGAGAAAGUGGAGGACCAGCACUGCCCCUGAGGAAAUGGGCUUUGGGGGACCAAGGGAGGAAUGUUCGGUUGCCCAUCUCAGCUUAUUAAAAUACAAGAGUCUUUCAUGGUC